AAAGAAAGACAGGCGGAGAGGGGUGUACACACUUUGCUGGAAUCGGAAGCGCCGGUCAACUCCAGCUCCAACUCCAACGAAACUAACACAAUCGCAAAUAAAUUUCUAGGUCUCCCCCACAUCCUGUUGUGUUGCCUGUUGGCUUCCAUUAUUGUUUCCCAUCCCAUAGAUUCUUCCCCGGCAUGCUCCCCAGCCCUAUCGUUAUCAUCGGUUUCCUGCAUUGAUCCUCCCGUGUCGACCGGGAUCAUUCCUGAGGCUGGUUUGUCCCUCCAAGAAUCUUUUGUCAACCAGUCCUCACUCGCAAUCGUUCCCGAUUGCCUUCAGCAGAUGACUCGCAAGGCUAGGGUAAUAAUUGCGACCCUGUCGACACUCAUCAUUUAUGUGUCCCUCAAUAGUCUCGCUCGGGCGGUAAAGCCCAGCGCUUUCAUCUGGUAUGCCGAAGACCGGGAAGACGCCAGCUGGAUGGCAACCUCACACUCCUGGUUUGACCGCAAGAGUUGUCGCUGGCUCGGCAUCUGCGGUGCUGCACAUUUACAAACCGCCCAUGGACUAUAUGGUCAUCGUAACGCCGCGGCGAUGUCGGAAAUAUCCAAAAAUGCCGCUGACCCGUGGAGCUCAUACUGGUUCGGCGGGGCUAAUCAAUCUGAAUGGGAUGCCGAUGAACGGGCUAAGCGGGAGAUCCCCGACUAUGUUUUUACCUACGCCCCACUCGUCCAUCUCUACUCCCGGGAACAAUUUUGGCCUGGCGAUAUCGCUGAGCAUUUGUAUCACACCACUCCCAUGCUCAAUUAUACCCCAAUUCAAGCGGAAUGGGUCCAUCCGACCCUCUCCAACCUAGAUGAACUCAACCAGUGGAUCCCCAGGCAGGUUUACUUGACCAGCAAUGAUGAUCCGCAGUCCCGUCCCCGUUGGUUAGAAGGCGAGAAGAACAUUCCUCAAACCCCUGAUGGCAGUAUAGAGACAGCAUGGGCCGAUUGGGAUGGUCGUGUAGAUGGCAGGAUACCUGGCGACACGGAAGAAGACCUAGCUCAAUGGACUGAUCUGCGUCGGUUCGAUAAUGAACCAGAAGCGACCGACCAAGAUGACAUCCAAAGUCAAAUCCCGCUGCUGGAAGAAUCAUCGGAAGCAGAGGAGUAUCUUCGCCAAGAAUUCCCACAUGGGAAAGAAUCAUCAAAGGCAGAGGAACAUCUUCAUCAGGACAUCCCAUUACAGGAAGAUUUAUCAAAAGCAGAGGAAUAUCUUCACCGGGAACUGCGCAAACGGUAUGGAGGCAAAAAAAUCGAAGAACCUUCAAUCCAAGGCACUGGAGGCCGUAGUGAUGCACCCGCAAUCUUGCUUGUGAUGGACAAGGGCAAUGGAGUGGUAGACGCUUUUUGGUUCUUCUUCUACAGUUUCAAUUUGGGUAAUACUGUCGCCAAUGUGCGUUUUGGUAACCACGUGGGAGAUUGGGAACAUUGUCUCGUCCGAUUUCGCGAUGGCCAACCUAAGGCUUUGUUUUUCAGCGCCCAUACUGCGGGGGAGGCUUACAGAUAUGAAGCGGUGGAAAAGAUCGGUGAAAGGCCGGUCAUCUUUUCUGCCGAGGGAAGCCAUGCGAUGUACGCUACACCAGGCGUACACCCAUAUGCCCUUCCAUGGGGCCUACUCCACGAUGUCACGGAUCGCGGCCCACUUUGGGACCCCUUGCUCAAUUCGCAUACAUAUACAUAUGACUAUGACAACGACACUCUACGAUCAUCGACUGCCACCCCCAGCUCUCCCACAGAAUGGUUCUCUUUCAGAGGCCACUGGGGAGACAAAUUCUAUCCACUCAGAGACUCUCGCCAGUACAGAUUUGCCGGACAAUACCACUAUGUGAACGGACCUAUUGGCCCUCGCUUCAAACACCUGAAUCGUCGCAAGGUGUGUCAGGGUCCAGAUAAGGCUGUCUGUGUUAUCAAAGAUUGGAUUGGUGAACCUAGACGAAUUCCACGGUGGGGUCUUACUGGAGAGUGA